AAGCUUCAUGUCACAAAAUGCGGAAGAAAACACGGGAGGGGGAAAAGAAGCUUCCCGACGUGGCGAUCUUGUGUUGUAAACAAGUUAAAGACUCAAGGAAUCCUGUCAUAUUCCUGCAUGAGAAUAAAAUAAUCUAGUCGAAUUGAUCGUGUUCAGCAAAGCAACUCGUGGCUAUCUUUUCGGGCUAUAUAUCCCGUGACAUAAAAUUGGACAGUGCAGCGUUCUUCUUUUGCGUAAAAGCCCAAAUGGAGGACUGCGGUGCUCUUUUCGCCACCGAGAGGUACGGCAGUGGCGAGUCGUGGCACUACGUUGCAAAGGACGGAGCCAUGGAGAGCACAAGGGACGGCAGGGAAGAUGAACCGAGAGGAAGUUCAUUCGGGGGGCUUUUGAAAAGCGUAUUUCUGCCUCAAGGCUAUCCAGAGAGUGUGAGUGGAGACUACUUGCAGUACCAGUUUUGGGAUACUGUGCAGGCCUUCUCGAGCUCUCUGUCAGGAACACUGGCCACCCAGGCGUCCCUCAGAGGCGUCGGCGUGGGAAACCAGGAAGCUACAGUCGCCGCGGCCACAGUCACCUGGCUGCUUAGAGAUGGAACCGGCAUGUUGGGAAGGAUCGUCUUUGCCUGGUUGAAAGGGAACAAGUUGGACUCUGAGGCCAAGAAAUGGAGGCUUUUUGCAGACAUUCUCAAUGACGUCGCCAUGUUCAUGGAAAUACUGGCCCCCUUCUUCCCGGCCUGGUUCACCUUCAUUGCGUGCACGUCAGGCCUUUUCAAGGCUGUGGUGGGCGUAGCGGGCGGAGCCACCAGAGCUGCCCUGACCGUCCAUCAAGCUCGUCGAAACAACAUGGCCGACAUCUCCGCCAAAGACGGCAGUCAGGAGACUUUGGUAAAUCUGGCCGGACUCCUGGUCAGUUUGAUCCUCAUUCCGCUCGUCACGGACAACCCAGCAUUAACCAUCAGCCUCUUCUUCCUCUUCACCGCCCUCCACCUGUUUGCCAACUAUAAGGCGGUGCGUUCGGUGGUCAUGGAAACGCUGAACGAGGAGCGGCUCGGCAUCGCGCUGCGGCGCUUCCUCCACGACGGACGCGUGCUGACGCCAAUGGAAGCCAAUCGGCAGGAACCUGUCUUUUUGGGGUUUAGGGAAACCUUACCUAUCAAACUUGGCGUGAGGCUUCAGGAAGUUGUCCAAAGCCCGGAGGAGUUGCGUUUGGCUUUGAUGAGAAAGGGUGCGCCAUUCCUGCUGGGCAUCACAAACGGCUGCGUACGCGUGUGUUUGGCAGCGCACGCACACACACGAGAUGAAAUCAGAGCCGCGUGUCAAGCCAUUUGGCUCAGCGAUGUGUUGAGUCCAUCGAGACAACACGGAGGUUUGUCGGGAAUGGUGCACAAGAGUUACAAGUUGAUGGACACCGAGUUUGAUGCUUUUCACAAAGGUUUGGAAGCCGCCGGGUGGGAUGUGACGAGAACGCUGCUGGACUGGGACGAGUGGCGACUCGAGUGGAAGCCCAAAAUCAGAUAACGCCCGCAAAUAUCUCGGUGUGUCAGACGAAAUAUCUCAUAUGGUUCACAGUGACGUCAGUUUUUAAUAAAAUGUUUUUUUUUCCUCACAAAA